CUCAUCUUCCAUACAAUAUUGAAACCAUCAUUAUGAGGGAAACUUUCUGUGCUAUGCUUGUUCUAGUUGCUGUAUUGUUCUCUGGAGCUGCAGAGUUUUGUUCCGGUCGGAACACAAGCUUUAGCUGUAUAGAAACGGAGAGAGAAGCCCUCUUUAAGUUCAAACUUUGCUUCCAUGAUCCAUCGUCUAUGUUGUCUUCUUGGAAAGGCAAUGACUAUUGUGAAUGGAGAGGAGUAGGCUGUGACAAAAAUAGCAGAUAUGUUAUCUCGCUUCAACUCAGGGGAUCAAUAUCUGAUCAACCUCAAUUGUCCUUGAUUGACGAUGUAAAGGAGGUUGUUUCAAGUUUGGUCAAGCUGAGAUACUUGGAACACCUAGACUUGAGCAACAAUAAUUUCAGUGCUAAUCUUAUUCCACCCUCCUUUGGCUUGAUGAAGCAACUAAGGCAUCUAAGUCUCUCUCAUGCACAAUUCAGAGGAAGAAUUCCUAGUGAACUUGGAAAUCUUACAAGGCUUUAUGUUCUUGAUCUUUCUCAGUAUUAUUAUGAGGGAUUGAAGGUUGAUGAUGACAUUCAAUGGAUUUCUCGUCUCUCCUCUUUGCAACGACUUGAUAUGAGUGGAGUAGAUCUAAGCCAUGCCUCAUUAAACUUGUUCCAGGUACUUGGCAUGAUUUCUUCAUUAUCAUGCAAUCAAUUCAAUGGGAGCAUUCUAGAUAGCAUCAAGCAACUUUCUAAGUUAGAGAGCAUAGAUCUUUCAUUCAAUCAAUUGAGUGGGAACAUUCCAGAUAGCAUCGGGCAACUUUCUAAGUUAGAUAGCAUGGAUCUUUCUGGCAAUCAAUUGAAUGGGAGCAUUCCAGAUAGCAUCGGCCAACUUUCUAGGUUAGAGGGCAUAGAUCUUUGGAGCAAUCAAUUGAGUGGAAGCAUUCCAGAUAGCAUCGGGCAACUUUCUAAGUUGGAAAGCAUAAAUCUUUUUUACAAUCAAUUGAGUGGGAGCAUUCCAAAUAGCAUUGGGCAACUUUCUAAGUUGGAAAGCAUAGAUCUUUUUGGCAAUCAAUUGAGUGGGAGCAUUCCAAACAGCAUCGGACAACUUUCUAAGUUAGAGAACAUAGAUCUUUCUGGCAAUCAAUUGAGUGGGAGCAUUCCAAAUAGCAUUGGACAACUUUCUAAGUUAGAUACCAUAGAUCUUUCUAGAAAUCAAUUGAGUGAGAGCAUUCCAGAUAGCAUCGAGCAACUUUCUAAAUUAAGGAGCAUAGAUCUUUCUGGCAAUCAAUUUAGAACAAGAUUUCCUAAAUGGCUUCAAUUACAAAAGACAAUACUGACAGUUGAUCUCUCUAAUGCUAGCAUCUUAGGUCCUCUUUCAGAAAACAUAGAUCUUGCAGAUAAUAAUCUGACAGGAAGGAUUCCUCCUUGUUUUGGAAAGUUUCCGAUUAUGGUGAAUGCAACACAAUUGAGCAAUGACCAAAAUUGGGAUGCUGAACCUUUCAUGGAGCGUUUCCUACAGAGGGACCUCGGGAAUUGGGAUCAAGCACCUUUGAAGGAGGUUGUGAAAGGGAGAUACCUUGAGUAUAGACAAAUAACUCAAAAACUUGAGAUUAUUAUAGAUCUUUCAAGUAACAAUUUAAUAGGAUCUAUACCGGAGGAGUUAAUUUUCCUUAAGGAUUUGCACAGUUUGAAUCUGUCUUGGAAUCAUCUCUCAGGAAAAAUUCCUGAGAAAAUUGGACAAAUGGAUAAUUUAGAAUCUCUCGAUUUCUCCAAGAAUGGCCUUUCAGGAACAAUCCCGAACAGCAUGUCAAGUUUAACCAAGUUAAGCCACCUCAACUUGUCCUACAACAAUUUGUCAGGACCAAUUCCAACGGGUUAUCAACUCCAAACACUUGAAGAUCCAACCAUGUACAUAGGCAAUCCUCAACUUUGUGGAGCUCCACUCCUGAAGAAAUGCUCAAAUGAUAUACUACCUCCGACAACCACCAACUUCAAGGACAACGAUGAAAGUGAACUUAAAAGAAUGUGGUUUUACAUUGUCGUAAUGGUAGGCUUUGCAAUUGGAUUUUGGGGAGUUGUGGGAACUUUGAUAUUUGUGAAAAGUUUGAGAUAUGCUUAUUUUCAAUGGGUUGAUGAUGUCCAACACUGGACACUUGUGGUUAUAACAUUGAAGGUGGCACAAUUCAAAAAGAUGUUCAAUGGCAACCUGAGAUGAUCAGUGAAUUAUAUAUAGAGUAUGUUGUUGUUGCUACAUUUAUUAUUAAAUUAGUUAGACAACCCUGUGUUGUAGGCUAUGGUGUUAGGUCCAAUUUUAAAUGAACACAUAAGUAUUAGAGUUUGUAAAGUUUUCAAUAAUAUAACAUGCGCUAUAGU